GAGGUGAAGCGAGGUGUUCUACUGAUGCUGUUUGGUGGUGUGCCCAAGACGACCAUGGAGGGGACUCAUCUCCGUGGGGACAUCAACGUGUGCAUCGUGGGGGACCCAUCCUGUGGCAAGAGCCAGUUCCUCAAGAGAGUGGAGGAGUUCAGUCCUCGUGCAGUGUACACUAGUGGCAAGGCCUCGACAGCAGCUGGACUCACAGCUGCCGUGGUCAAGGACGAGGAGAGUCACGAGUUUGUUAUAGAGGCUGGCGCUCUCAUGCUCGCUGACAAUGGAGUUUGUUGUAUUGACGAGUUUGACAAGGUGGACCUCAAAGACCAAGUAGCCAUUCAUGAAGCCAUGGAGCAACAGACCAUCUCAAUCACCAAGGCUGGUGUCAAGGCAACUCUCAAUGCUCGUACAUCCAUCCUAGCUGCGGCUAAUUCGAUUGGUGGUCGCUAUGACCGGUCAAAAUCACUCAAGAUGAACAUCCAGCUCACUGCCCCCAUCAUGUCGCGCUUUGACCUCUUCUUUAUCAUAGUGGACGAGUGUAACGAGGUGACUGACUAUGCCAUCGCUAGGCGUAUUGUGGACCUCCACAGUCACAAGACAGAGGCAGUGGAGCGUGUCUAUUCCCUUGAGGAGAUCCAACGCUACGUAUUGUUUGCUCGUCAGUUCAAGCCUCGUAUCAGCCCCACCUCUGGUGAGUACAUGGUGGAGCAGUACAAGAAACUACGGCAGAGAGACUGCUCAGGCGUGGCUCGGUCGUCAUGGAGAAUCACCGUGAGACAGCUGGAGAGUUUGAUACGACUCGCGGAGGCCAUGGCCAGGAUCCACUGCUCUGAUGAGGUACAACCUAAGCAUGUGAAGGAAGGCUUUCGUUUGCUCAAUAAGUCUAUUAUUCGUGUGGAGACUCCGGACAUCAACUUUGAUGAGGAUGAACAGAUCAUCAAUGGUGGGUGGUGCAAUGAUGAGGACUGCAUGACCAAUGGUGAGAAUGGUGUCAAUGGCGAGAAUGGAGUGAACGGCCACACUCCAAUAGACCAAUCAGAUCCAUCCACCCAACCGCCGGUGAAAACCAAGAAGAUACGAGUUACGUAUGAGGAAUAUCGCAUCAUCUCCAACCUGCUCAUCCUGCACAUGCGUCAGAGCGAGGAGGCAGACAAAGAUUCUAGCGGAGUUCGUGAAGGUGACUUAGUUAACUGGUACCUGAAGGAGGUGGCGGAUGACAUAGAGAAUGUGGAGGAGCUGACCGAGAAGAAGCUCCUCGUGGAGAAGGUCAUCGAGAGACUUGUGCAACAUGACCACAUUCUGUUGCCGUUGGUGAUGGGGGAGGAGUCAGAUGAAGAUCCAUUCCUGGUGGUUCAUCCCAACUACGUUGUUGAGACAUGA